AUGGCUGCUGCUGCUUCUUUAGUGCGCAGUGCGCGGUGCCAUUCAUGUCGCCAUGAUGUACUCCGGUCUUUUGUGCGAGUCUCAGGUCUUACUAUCGCUCAAACCUCGCGAUCGCCGCAAAUGAGACAAUUCUUCACUACGCCUAACCUAAAAAUGGAGUCAUCGAAUCAUCAUACAUCCGAUCGAGAUGUUGCAACUGAACUACAUCACGAUGCUCCAGUUCCAAAUGAAUCCGCGAACUCCUCUCAAGAUGUGCCAUGGUACCUGCAGGUUGAACCAGUCAUUGAGACAACCCACCCCAUAGCCAGGCAGCAGCAGAUUCCAGAUGUUCCUGAAAAUGCGCCCUCCAUUACACGAGAAAUAUUGCAACAUUUGUCGCUCGAAAUUGGAUUGGAUGACAUGGUCUUACUGGAUUUGCGAGGAAGAGAUCCUCUUCCAGCCUUGGGAGGCAACGUGAUUAUGGUCAUUGGAUCAGCUCGAGGUGUAAAACAUUUGAACGUGUCGGCAGAUCGAUUUUGUCGAUGGUUAAGAUCUACAUACAAGCUCCGACCGUAUGCUGAUGGCUUACUUGGACGCAACGAAUUGAAAAUCAAGCUGAGACGCAAAGCUCGCCGUGCUCGGCUUGCGAGCAGUGCUGGGACAACCGCGGAUACAUCGGAUGACGGAAUUACUACUGGCUGGAUAUGCGUGAACAUCGGCAGUGUAGAUGAUCCAAGUGUUAUUCAGAACAUGAGAGAAGGAGGCUUUGAAGGAUUUGGCAAAGUCCAGGGAGGUACAAGGAUUGUUGUCCAGAUGUUCACGGAAGAGAAGAGGGCAGAUGUUGAUCUGGAACAACUCUGGGCUCCUAAGAAGGACGUCACAGGCCCAGAUUCUGAGAAACGUUCUAUUUUGGCUGAAGAAGAUUACCAGGUGCGUUUACAAUCUUCGACGCCUACCGAACACAAAUCUAACCAGCCGAUGUCCAACGUGCCCAGGCCACCGCCUCGCAUCGAUCUUAGUCAAAGACGAAACUUUUCUACUGUCAUGAGACAAAAAUCGGUUCAUACAGAUGUAAAGUCAGGAUCCAACUAUGAUACGGCAGAUGUGGGAGAUGAAUUAGGUCACCAGGAACGCCAACUUUCAGCCAUAUUUCAAACUAUCAAUGGAUUGUCUCCAGACGAACUAAUUGAGCAACUAGGAAGCGGCCCCCAAGAUAUGGGUUCAACCGAGCUUCUGCGAGAUUGUUAUUCUUUUGCGGGGACUGAUUCUAACCGAAAAUCUACAAUUCGUUUAAUGCUCAGCGCUGUAGCGGUAUCUCUUCAGCAUCCAGGCUACACGAAGGAAUAUCUAUGGAAGCUGUUUUUGGAGCAGACUGCCUCCGGAUACAGAUUAAGUGAACUUCAAGCAUUUGAAAUAGCGUCUGCUUUCCUUGUUCCUCGCCUGGAGAGCCAGGAACAGAAAAGAACAAUCUCAGAGCUGGUCGAUUUUGAUAUUGAAUCGGCAAUGCGUGUUAUGGACAACCUAUCUCUCAGCGGAGAGACAAUAAUCAUGAAACAUCGCCUUUACAAUAUGAUGUACAGAGCUUUGCUUCUCAGUUUGGCUGAUGGGAACGCCAAUAAGAAUAAUGCCCGGCUAAAAGCUCUCCGAAUACGCACGUUGAUGGAUGAAAUUGGUUUGGAAUGGCAAGGUACAGACGCUCGGGAGACCAUGCAGUUGAGAUUAUUGCUUGGUGAUGUCGAUGGCUUCUACGAAAUCUGGCAUGCAAUUGCUUUCAAUGAAGGCUCAAGAACAGCUGAUGAUUAUGAAGUACUCUUCCGGGUUCACGCCGAAGCUGGAAAUGCGGCCCAUGCGCGAGAAUGUUUGGCUGUUUGGAUCUCAAUGAUGGGAAGAGAGAACCCCCCUGUUCAACCGGAUGCUGGCAUAAUCUCCGCUAUUGCAAAAUGCGCGUAUGUUGCAGGCCAACAUGCCAACACAUUCCGUCUAUCAUUGGUUUCAAACGAGUGGGAAAAGGCACAACCAUUGAUUGUGGAGGAGAUGAGGACACUUGAGCAGUUGUCUUGA